GCCGGACAGCGCUGCCAGCGGCGUCAUCAACGUCAUCAACGUGCCGCAGCUGCGGCCCAGGCUGCAGUUCGUGCGCGGCCGCAACCAGAGCGAGGAGGUGACGUCGGCCGUCGAGGGUGUGCUCGACUCGGCCUGCAGGGCGAUGCUGGCGUUCGUGCACGACACGAAGGAGCGAGGUGAGACCCGCGUGCGUCAGGCGGUCCUGCCGCCCGAGGAGCCGGUCAAGGGCGGCAAGGGAGGCAAGAGGGCGGCGCCAGCGCGGGCCAAGGCGAAGACGGGCCGCGGACACUCGAUGGCGCCUGAGGAGGAGGCAGCGGCGGCGGCCGCCGCCGCGCACCAAGAGAGUGGUGAGCGCGCGCUGGCCGAGUACCAAGCAGCGGCGCGCGAGGAGACGGCGCGCGUGACGGCGCGGCUGACGCUGAUCCGCCUCCGUGCCGUCGCUGAGCUACAGGCGCUGCGCCAGCGCGCCAUCGCCAUCUUCCAGCUGAUGUGGACGGCGAUUGGAGAGCGCUAUGAACGCGAGGUGGAGGCGGCCGCGCACAUGGCCGACUACCUCCGGAGCGCCGUGGAGCGGCAGGAGCGCAUCUUCUACGAGCUGUUGCUGGACCAGGACCGGUUUGUGGUGCGCACCGGCGUGUUCACGCACCUGCCGUGUCUGCCGGCCAGCCCGCCGCCGCCAGCCGAGGCGCUGGAGCGUGACCGCUUUAGCCUGGACCAGGCGGCCUUCCUGUGGCGCCAGCUGCACACGGCGGCGCCCGGCGGCACCAUCACCACACGCGCCUUCAGCUUCAUCCUGCAGGACCUGGUGGUGUGCGGCGUUGGCACGCAGGAGCUUCCCGAACUCUGGAUGUCGCUUACUCAGGAUGAGAUCGAGAGCCUGUCCGCCCGGCUGGCCUAUGGCCUGGAGGUGAUGAGUUGGCGUGGUCUGGUGUAUGACCUGCUGGAGCCAUGGAGCCGGCCAGACCAAUACGACAUGCACGAGGCGUUGGCCAUGGCUCAUGUGUUCGACACCGAACGGACCGGCAAAAUCACACUGGAACAAGCGCUGCAGGUUGUGCAUUGGAUGAAGCCGAGACUGGACGAGGCGGAGCCGGCCUUCAACCGCGCCUACUACAUGAAGCGCCUGCUGGUGGGCCUGAGCGGCGCUCCAGGUGACGUCGCCGUCGACUACCAGACCCUGCUGCUCUGGAUGUGUCGCAGCGACGACCUCCUGCAGAGCUUCCUGUGCGCUCUCACUCUUCUGGAAGACACCCCGAUCUUCAUAUCAAACCCUGAGGACGACGAGCGGUACUACCCGCGCGGCCAGGUGGACCUGGCGCGCAUCCAGUCUCUGCCGGAGCAGCCGGCGGCCAAGUCCCCUUCUCCGGAGUUCCGUCCCAGGCGUGUGCGCCAGACCCAGAGCACUCCUCUGCUGUUGCCUGAACCAGCCAAGGAGGAACCAGCCACGCCAAAAGAGGUCAUUCUGAAGGUGACCAAGUCGAAAAUGAACGAAGACAGGCCAUCCCCUCGAAGCUCCCGACCGGACUCACCUUCGCCAGGAACGCGGGAACGGUGCUGGUCAGCCCGCCCUGUCCGGCAGCCAGGCCUCGUCAGUCAGCAGAGCCAGCCGCGGCCCGUCAUCGGCCGACAGCCAAGUCUCGCCGCUCAGCCGGACGAGCCCGCAACAGCCCGCACCGCAGCAGCAACUGCGCGGAGAUAGCGCCUCGCAGCAGGAAGAACAGGGAGGCAGCACUUCACAGCAGGAACGACGCAACAGCACCUCAUCACAUCAAGAGCUGCGCGAGGACAGUGUCU